AUGGAACAAUCACAAAAUAGCCCACAGCCACAAGAUAAUGCUGUUCAAGAUUCUCAAGCUGGUUCAUCUGGAGAAGAAGAAUGUGAAGCGCCUAAUCCUGUACAACCUCCGGCUCCUGCAACAAUGGGAGACAAAGGAAAGAGAAGAGCGAUUGCUGUUACUCCAAUUGGAAGUUAUUUUAAGGGAAGGACUACGCCAGGCUCUCAACCAACUUUGAAAAGUGUCUUGGCCAAUAAACAAGUAGUGCACAAGGUUAAUUUGGGGCUUGCAAAAUGGAUCAUUGAUGCACGGAUUCCAUUCAAUGCAAUUCAAUCGCCUUACUUUCAACCUGCCUUGGACGGCGUUGCUGCAAUUGGACCUGGUUUCAAGGGACCGUCAUAUGAUGAAAUGAGAGUUCAUUUGCUGGCCAAUCUUAAGAAGGAGUGUCAGUUGCUUGUUGAAGGCUAUAGGAGCUCGUGGAAAAGCACUGGUUGUACACUGAUGGCAGAUGGCUGGACUGAUCAAAGGCAGCGUACGUUAAUUAAUUUUCUAGUUUAUUGUCCUGCUGAUAUGUCAUUUGUUAAGUCUGUUGAUGCUUCUGAUAUGAUAAAAACUGCCGAUACCUUGUUUAAAUUGUUUGCUGAGGUUAUUGAGUGGGUUGGGUCUAGUAACAUUGUGCAUGUGGUUACUGAUAAUGCUGCGAAUUAUGUAUCUGCUGGAAAACUCAUUCAUGAAAAGUAUCCAAACAUUUUUUGGUCUCCUUGUGCUGCUCACUACAUCAAUCUUAUUUUGAAAGACAUAGCAAGUAUUCCUCACAUAGCUGACCUUGCCUCUCAUGCUUCAAAAGUGACUGUGUUUGUUUAUAAUCAUAUGAUUUUCUUGUCAAAGUUUAGAAAAAGAAAAGAUUGGAAAGAAAUUGUUUGA